GAUGGAGCAUGUGGAGGUUCAGGCCAAAGUGAGCGAUUUGGUUUCCCUUCUGUCAGACUCCAGACAGCAAGACACCAAUCAUCGCCAGCGUUCUCGAAGCCGGGAACCGCUGAGACGACGAGAAAGGCCUGUCUUUGGUGCGCCGGCGCCUGAGGAGCACCGUGAAUUUCAGGAGUCUCGCGGGCGUGACCGACGUGACAAACGCGACAUCAUGCGACGCGAUUCAAGUCACAUGUCUGACCGACGUCGAGAUACCCGUGACCGAGACCGAAGAUAUGCCGACCGUGCUGACCGAGACAAGGAGAGCCGGAGAGAACGGCGCGAUGCCCGCGAUGCCCGCGAUGGGCGCAACGGCUGGGAUCGUGACCGCCGUGAUGGCCGUGAUGGUCGCGAUGCCCGCGAUGCCCGCGAUGGGCGCGACGGCUGGGAUCGAGACCGUCGUGACGGCCGCGACGGCCGUGAUGGCCGCGACGGCCGUGAUGGCCGGGAGGAUCGAGAUCGGUAUCGUCACGAUCGGAGUCGUCCUCCACUGGAAAGGCGCCCCAGUCACCGUGACAGAAGCCGCUCAGGCUAUGAGAGAACUCGGCAAAGUGGACACGCUCCCAAUCAAACUCCUCACAGUGAAGAACUGCGUGACUGGGACAGGCCCGGAAGAGAAGCCCAAGAAGCCCGUUCAGAACGCCGAAGCCGCAGCCCAGCAGCUUCUGCGGAGCCACAAAGUGUGCCAAGUCAUGAGGAGACCUUUCGGGAGGCCUUUGAGUCUCAGGAAGUAAGAGGACGGGAAGGCCAAGGUGUGCCCAAGCUACCAAAGCCUCGCUUGCCAAGACCAUCUGUUGGACCUGCAGCUUCUGCUUCCGGCAACCAGCCUAACCAGCCCAGCUCGGCUCUAGGUGCAGUGCCGAAGGGCGCCGCCAAGCCGCUGGCCAAGCCACUCACAGCCUUUGGAGGGCCACCUUCUCCGCCUCCCCUGCCACGGCCCAAGCCGGUGGCACCAUCGGCCGCUCCUCCAGUUCCACCAGCUGCUGAGGCUCCGGAGAUGGUGGACUGCAUCAUGUGCAGAAAGAAAGAAGUAGCGAAGCGACGACCUGGCUAUCGCAUGACGUGCGCAGACUGCACAGAUUGCCAGGCCCGCUUCUGUGUGAAAUGUCAUGGAGCGUGGUUCGAAGAUCACAGCUGCCUGGUCUUCAAGCGCAGGGAGGAACUUUUCAAAGACUUGGAAUGGUUUUACCGCAAGGCUGAGCAGAUUGAUGACUUCCGCGAGAACCUUGAACCGCACGGCUACAAAAUGUGUCCAGGAUGUUAUCAACCUGUGAUCAAGGACAAUGAGGAUGACUGCGAUCACAUUUUCUGCAGUAAUCCUGAAUGCCGAAUGGAGUUUUGCUGGAAAUGCAUGGUGAAUCGCAAAGUGGUCGAAGUGCAUGGCAACCACCAUCACAAGCCAAAAUGUCCGUACUACUUUGAGUUCAAGGGCAAGGACACCUACAUGCCGGAUAGAUGUGACGUUUGCCGCAAGACAGAGCGUUGUUGCAUAACACCCUUGGCCUACAAGAAGAUGUCGAAAGCACAAAGAGAAGGCUAUCCGGAAGAAGGGUGGACUGCAUACGCUGUCCGCAAAGAAAAGGAGAUGGAGGAGAAAAAGCAGAAAAAGCAGCAGCAGCGUCGAGAAGAGCGGGAACGUAGAAGAGGAGAAGCUGAGGAGCCGGAGCUCGUCAUGAGAAAGCAGCUGCGACAUUUGCGUCUAGAGCUGACCGCCGAAUGCAAGGGAGACCUGUGGAAAAAGGCUGAGUUGUGCAUUUCUUGGGACACCAGUGGGACACACUGCAUCGGCGUCUCGUGUCUGUCUCGGGGCCACGACAAUGUGAACGGCUUCUAUGGGGUCCUUGGCGGCGAGGUUCUACCCAGCUCAACGCGCAACGCGCAACGCGCUGCCGCGAAGGCUUCGCAGGAUUUGACGAAGCUCGAGACUGCGUCGAAUGCAUCGGAGACCGAGCCAAGGCGCUGCAUAUGGCUUCUCCCCCUCGGCAGGACCACAGAGGCAUCUAUGGUGAGCUCUUGCGCAAAUCAGAAGGAAUGGAGGGCUUUGAAGUCGAGGCAGAAAGCUUCCAGUCGUCUUCGCGUGCUCAGAUGCACUUGGUCUGCAUUGGUACCUUGCCCUUCUCCGAGAUGUCUUGGAUCUGAGUCCUCAGAGGAAAACCGGGAGAAAGCUGAAGCAGAUGGGCAGGCCAUCCUGGAGGCUUUUGCCUCUGGAGGCAUGGCAGAAGCAAGACUCUUGCAGCGGCAAAUCAUGGCAGGCAUGUGGGGUGCUUCCAAUUUCGGAGAUGCAGAGGAUGCCGAGGAUGCCGAGGAUGCUGAGGCCUUCCUUUUCGCCGUCUUUGGCACCUUAGCCAAUGCCGCACCUGCAGAUGAGGAGGUGCUGGAUCUUCCAGGCUAUGGCAAGCCACCAGCUCCGCAGUACAGCGGCUUUCUGGAUGCUGGAGCUGCGGAAACCGGGACGAAACUCCACUAUUGGUUUGCCAUGGCCGAUUCGGAAACUGCAAAGGACUUGCCCGUGGUUCUGUGGCUGAAUGGAGGUCCAGGAAGCAGCUCAAUUCUGGGAAUGCUUCAGGAGAAUGGGCCGCUGCUCAUCAACGCGACUGGCGGUUUGAUGAGGAAUCCUUACAGCUGGACCAAACAAGCCAACAUGCUGAUUCUGGAAAGCCCAGGUGGUGUCGGCUACUCCUAUUGCGCCGCCAUGAAGGCAGGUGGGAACUGCAACAACACGGAUAUCUCGACUGCUGCGGCUGCGCGUGCAGCUUUGCAGAACUUCUUUGUGAAGUUUCCGGAGUUCAAACAGAACAAGUUCUUCAUCACAGGUGAGUCCUACGCCGGAGUCUAUAUUCCAACACUCACCAACGAAAUCCUGGAACAUGCACCUGAGAUCAAAAUCGACUGA